CAUCGACCAGGAAAUCAGUCAAGGUAAACUAUUUGAACUGCCUACUAUCUAAUAUACCUCAAUUUUAUCAUACUAACAAUUUCAAUUCAAGAUGGUUGCCGCAAAGAAACAUGUCCCGAUCGUCAAGAAGCGAACCAAGACCUUCAACCGCCACCAGAGCGAUCGCUUCAAAUGUCUCGACCGCAGCUGGCGCAAGCCGAAGGGUAUCGACAACAGAGUCCGACGACGAUUCAGAGGUAGCAUGACUAUGCCCUCGAUUGGUUUCGGCUCUAACAAGAAGACUCGUCACAUGAUGCCCUCCGGCCACAAGGCCUUCCUCGUCAACAACACAAAGGAUGUCGAGCUACUUUUGAUGCACAACCGUACCUACGCUGCCGAGAUCGCCCACAGCGUCUCGUCGAGAAAGCGUAUCGACAUCAUUGCCCGAGCAAAGCAAUUGGGUGUCAAGGUCACCAACCCCAAGGCCAAGGUUACCACGGAAAUUUAAGAUGGUACCGGCUAUUGAGGACGGUGGCGACAAUGGAUUUGGGGGUGUCCGGUUUCUCGUUUUCACCAACUACUUUGCAUGCAUGGGAAGGGUUUUACGCUCUAUGGUCUACGGACGGAAUUCGAGCUAGCAUGUAAUUUUCGUGCUAGGGAAAUACAAUACGCCUUCUACGAUGACACGUAUUAUGACUCUUACUACUAAUCAG